AUGUCCACUACUACCGAAGAAAAGAAGCUCCCCAAGAUGGAAUACGUUCGUUUUGGCAACACUGGCAUGCGUGUCUCACGUUUUGCUCUCGGUUGCAUGUCUUACGGCUCUUCCAAAUGGCAGCCUUGGGUCAAGGAUGAAGAGGAAUCUCUGGAGAUCAUUGGUAAGGCAUACGAAGCCGGCAUCAACUUUUUCGAUACUGCUGAUGCGUACUCCAAUGGCGAAAGUGAACGCGUGCUAGGAAAGGCCAUCAAGAAAUUCAAUAUGCCUCGUUCUCGUAUUGUUGUGGCUACAAAGGUGUUCUUUACUGUUGCCAACGAAGUGGGCAAUAAUGUACUGGGAAGACAAUUAGACGAUGAGCCAGAAUUUGUGAAUUCAUUUGGUCUAUCUCGCAAGCACAUUUUUGAUGCUGUUGACGCUUCUCUGGAGCGCCUUGGUCUGGAUUACAUUGAUUUGUACCAAAUUCAUCGUUUUGAUCAUCAAACUCCAAUUGAGGAAACGAUGGAAGCUUUGAACGAUCUGGUCAGAUCAGGCAAGGUGAGAUACAUUGGCUGUAGCUCUUGCUAUGCUUGGGAAUUCCAAAAGGCGAACCGUAUCGCUGAGAAGAAUGGAUGGGCCAAAUUCAGUAGCAUGCAGAAUUUGUACAAUCUGAUCUAUCGUGAAGAAGAAAGAGAAAUGCAUCCUUAUUGCGUGGAUAGUGGGGUAGCUUUGAUCCAUUGGUCGCCUCUCGCUAGAGGUCUCUUGACUGGUAAAAAUCGCAACUCAACUCGAUUGGAAUCUGACCACGCCAUCAACUUGUUCUUUGCUAAAAAAGAGAGUGCCAAUAACGAUGAAAUUAUUGAUCGCGUGGUGGAAGUUGCUGAGAGGUUGGGCCAUUCUCCAGCUCAAAUUUCCUUAGCAUGGAUGCUCUCUAAACCCCAUUGUACAAGCCCUAUUGUUGGUGUUGGCAAGUUGGAGAAUCUGUAUGAUGUGAUUGGAUCAUUGGCUGUUAAACUGUCUGACCAAGACAUCAAGUAUCUGGAAGAGCCUUAUAUCCCUCGCAAUCUUAUUUUUAUGUCAAAAUAA